UUAGGCAGUAGGAAGUUUCUGCUGAGGUCUGGCCUGGAGAUACAAAGACCCUCACCUGACGUGUAUGACUGGACUCUAAGGAGCGAGCUUUCACCUGACCUCAAAGAGUCUACAUGUCUAAUAUUUAGACAUGUUCAGCUUUGUGGAUACUCGGCUAGUGUUGCUCCUAGCAGCAACGGUAUUUUUGGCAAACGCUCAAGGCGAGGAUGACUAUCCAUUCGGCAGCUGUAUGAAAGAUGGCCAGUUGUACAACAAUAAAGACGUAUGGAAACCUGAACCGUGCCAGAUCUGCGUGUGUGACAGCGGCAACAUCCUCUGCGACGAUGUGGUCUGUGAGGAAGAACUUGAAUGCGACAAUCCGGAGAUCCCUCACGGAGAAUGCUGUCCAUUCUGCCCCGAUGCCGAGGUAGCCCAAGAGCCCUACCCAGAAGUCCAGGGACCUCCAGGACCAAAGGGAGAGCGUGGAAUGAAGGGUGACCGGGGAUUCCCUGGGCCUGCUGGCAACGAUGGCAUCCCUGGACAGCCUGGUCUCCCUGGCCCCCCUGGUCCUCCUGGUCCCCCUGGCCUUGGCGGAAACUUCGCUCCUCAAAUGUCUGGUGGCUAUGAUGAGAAGUCAGGCGGUGGAAUGGCAGUUCCCGGUCCCAUGGGUCCAAUGGGUCCCCGUGGUCCUCCAGGACCUGCAGGCUCUCCCGGUCCCCAAGGUUUCCAAGGUCCACCCGGUGAGCCUGGUGAGCCUGGUUCUUCUGGUGCAAUGGGUCCCCGUGGUCCAGCUGGCCCCCCUGGCAAGAAUGGUGAAGAUGGUGAAGCUGGCAAACCAGGCCGUCCCGGUGAACGCGGUCCCUCUGGUCCUCAGGGUGCUCGUGGCUUCCCAGGAACUCCUGGACUUCCAGGAAUCAAGGGACACAGAGGUUUCAGUGGUCUAGAUGGUGCCAAGGGUGACUCUGGACCAGCUGGUCCCAAGGGUGAGGCCGGUGCAGCUGGAGAGAAUGGAGCUCCCGGAGCAAUGGGUCCCCGUGGUCUUCCCGGUGAGAGAGGUCGCCCAGGACCUUCUGGCCCUGCUGGUGCCCGUGGUAACGAUGGACCUUCUGGCGCUGCUGGACCACCUGGCCCAACUGGUCCCGCUGGUCCUCCUGGUUUCCCUGGCGGUCCUGGUGCUAAGGGCGAAGUUGGAGCUGCCGGUGCCCGUGGUGGUGAUGGCCCCCAGGGAGCUCGUGGAGAACCCGGUAACCCUGGACCUGCUGGCCCUGCCGGCCCUGCUGGAAACCCUGGAUCUGAUGGUCAAGCCGGAGCUAAAGGUGCAACUGGUGCUCCCGGAAUUGCAGGCGCUCCUGGCUUCCCCGGACCACGUGGUCCCUCUGGACCUCAGGGCCCAGGUGGUGCUCCUGGUGCUAAAGGCAACAACGGUGAUGUCGGUGCUCCUGGUGCCAAGGGAGAGCCCGGUGCCAAGGGUGAGCCUGGUGGUGUUGGUGUUCAAGGAGCUCCUGGCCCUUCUGGAGAAGAAGGAAAGAGAGGUGCCCGUGGAGAACCUGGUCCCGGUGGACCCCCUGGCCCUUCUGGUGAACGAGGUGCCCCUGGUAGCCGUGGUUUCCCUGGUGGUGAUGGUGCUGCUGGUCCAAAGGGUGCCCCUGGUGAGCGCGGUGCCACUGGCCCUGCUGGUCCCAAGGGUGCAACUGGUGAAGCUGGACGUUCCGGUGAGCCUGGCCUGCCUGGUGCUAAGGGAUUGACUGGUAGCCCUGGCAGCCCUGGUCCUGAUGGCAAAACUGGCCCUGCUGGUCCUGCUGGUCAAGAUGGCCGUGCUGGUCCACCUGGUCCUGCUGGUGCAAGAGGUCAACCUGGUGUCAUGGGAUUCCCUGGACCCAAGGGUGCUUCUGGUGAUGCUGGAAAGCCCGGUGAGAGAGGUGUUGCUGGUCCCGCUGGUGCUCUGGGUGCCCCAGGCAAAGACGGAGAUGUUGGUGCUCCUGGUGCUGCUGGCCCUUCUGGUCCCGCUGGUGAGAGAGGUGAACCCGGCCCUGCUGGAGGUCCUGGCUUCCAGGGUCUGCCCGGUCCCCAAGGUCCUUCUGGUGAGUCUGGCAAGCCCGGUGAGCAGGGUGCUCCUGGAGAUGCUGGUGCUCCUGGUCCUUCUGGCGCAAGAGGCGAGAGAGGUUUCCCUGGUGAACGUGGUACUCCUGGCCCAGCUGGACCUAGCGGUCCACGUGGCUCUCCUGGUUCUGCUGGUAACGAUGGUGCUAAGGGAGAAGCCGGUGCCCCUGGUGCUCCCGGUGGUCAAGGUGCUCCCGGUCUGCAAGGAAUGCCCGGAGAACGCGGUGCUGCUGGCCUGCCUGGAGUCAAGGGAGACAGAGGUGACUCUGGUGUCAAAGGUGUUGAUGGUGCCCCUGGCAAAGAUGGUGUUCGUGGUAUGACUGGUCCUAUUGGUGCCCCUGGCCCAGCUGGUGCUCCUGGUGACAAGGGUGAAGCUGGUCCUGCUGGCCCUGGUGGUCCCACUGGUGCUCGUGGUGCCCCUGGUGAGAGAGGUGAGAGUGGUGCCCCUGGACCUGCUGGAUUUGCUGGACCUCCCGGUGCUGAUGGCCAGCCUGGUGCCAAGGGUGAGGCUGGUGACUCUGGUGCUAAGGGUGAUGCUGGUCCUCCUGGUGCCGCUGGUCCUACUGGUGCUGCUGGCCCAGCUGGCCCUGUCGGUUCUGCUGGUCCCAAAGGUGCUCGUGGUGCUCCCGGACCUCCUGGUGCAACUGGUUUCCCUGGUGCUGCUGGCAGAGUUGGACCUCCCGGCCCCGCUGGUAACAGUGGACCCCCUGGACCUCCUGGACCCGGUGGAAAGGAAGGCCAGAAAGGUAAUCGUGGUGACACUGGCCCAGCUGGUCGCUCUGGUGAACCCGGCCCUGCUGGUCCUCCUGGCCCAUCUGGUGAGAAGGGUAGCCCUGGCAGUGAUGGCCCUGCUGGAUCUUCUGGUAUCCCCGGACCUCAAGGUAUUGCUGGACAGCGUGGUAUUGUUGGUCUUCCUGGACAAAGAGGCGAGCGUGGUUUCUCUGGUCUUCCCGGACCAUCUGGUGAGCCUGGCAAACAAGGUUCUUCUGGCCCUAGUGGUGAACGUGGUCCUCCUGGCCCCAUGGGUCCACCUGGUCCAUCUGGUGCUUCCGGUGAAGCUGGACGUGAGGGAUCUCCUGGUAAUGAAGGCUCCCCUGGUCGUGAUGGUGCUUCUGGCCCUAAGGGUGACCGUGGUGAGAGCGGUGCUGCUGGACCCCCUGGUGCCCCUGGUGCUCCUGGUGCCCCUGGACCUGUUGGCCCUGCUGGAAAGAGUGGCGACCGUGGUGAGAGUGGUCCUGCUGGCCCUGCCGGUCCUGCUGGCCCUGCUGGUGCUCGUGGUGCUGCUGGUGCUCAAGGUGGCCGUGGUGACAAGGGUGAGACUGGUGAAGCUGGUGAGAGAGGCAUGAAGGGACACCGAGGUUUCACUGGUCUGCAGGGUCUUCCUGGACCUUCCGGUCAAUCUGGUGAGAUGGGUCCUGCUGGUCCUUCUGGUCCCGCUGGUCCAAGAGGUCCCUCUGGUAGCGCUGGUUCUCCUGGUAAAGAUGGCACUAGUGGUCUGCCUGGUCCCAUUGGCCCACCUGGUCCUCGUGGACGUACUGGUGAAGUUGGCCCUGCUGGUCCUCCUGGACCUCCUGGACCUCCCGGUCCUCCUGGUGCACCUGGCGGUGGAUUCGACUUUGGCUUCGUUGCCCAACCUGCUCAAGAGAAGGCCCCUGAUCCAUUCCGUCACUACAGAGCUGAUGAUGCCAAUGUGAUGCGCGACCGCGAUCUGGAGGUUGACACCACCCUCAAGUCCCUGAGCCAGCAAAUUGAGAACAUCCGCAGCCCUGAAGGCACCAAGAAGAACCCUGCUCGCACCUGCCGUGACCUGAAGAUGUGCCACUCAGACUGGAAGAGCGGCGAGUACUGGAUUGAUCCUAACCAGGGAUGCAUUCUGGAUGCCAUCAAGGUCCACUGCAACAUGGAGACUGGCGAGACCUGCGUCUACCCAACCCAGAGCAACAUUCCUCUGAAGAACUGGUACACUAGCAAGAAUCCUAAGGACAAGAAACAUGUCUGGUUCUCCGAAGCAAUGAGCGACGGCUUCCAGUUCGAAUAUGGCAGCGAGGGCUCCAACCCAGCUGAUGUCAACAUCCAACUCACCUUCCUGCGUCUGAUGGCAACAGAGGCCUCCCAGAACAUCACCUACCACUGCAAGAACAGCAUUGCUUACAUGGAUGAGGAAGCUGGCAACCUGAAGAAGGCCCUGCUCCUGCAAGGCUCCAACGAGAUUGAGAUCCGAGCUGAAGGCAACAGCCGCUUCACAUACAGCGUUAGCGAGGAUACAUGCACAAGACACACUGGUGCUUGGGGCAAGACCGUCAUUGAUUACAAGACGACGAAGACCUCUCGUCUGCCAGUUAUUGACAUUGCACCUAUGGACGUUGGCGCACCUGAUCAGGAAUUUGGCUUCGAAGUUGGCCCUGUCUGCUUCUUGUAAAAAAAAAAGAGAAAAAGAAAUCUGGACUUGAAAUUGUUUUUUCUAGCAGUCAUCUCUCUAAACUCUUUUCUAUGCAUUAAAAAAAAAAAAACUUACAUUUCAUUUGACCGUCAGCGGUCCACUUGCUUAAACUAUGCACCUGAAGACGGGUGUGUGUUUUCUCCAGUUUUAAAAAAAAAAAAAAGCACAGUUUUGGGACCACUACUUUGAAACCACCAUCAUCAACGAUAUGGACACUUUAAAAUCAUUUGUUUCUCUGACAGCAAGAAAAUAAUAUAUAAAUUUGUAAAUUGUACAAUCCCCUGGAGAGUAAAAGAAUUUAAUUAAAACAGGUGACUCUUUUUGCCGUUUUCCUUUUUUUUUUUUCUACCACUGCGGAAGGACAAUGAAAAAUGUUAUGUACCGUUUUCAGGUGUUUAAUAAAUUUAAAAAAACAUA